AACAAGAAGUUCAAGAACACUAACAAACAAAUAACAGCUUCUCCAAUUUUGAAAGAAAGUUUGAGGUAUCAAUGGCGGAAUCACCUUUCAAAGAAGAUAUUCUAAAAGGAAAAGUGGCGCUGAUAACAGGAGGCGGUUCAGGAAUUGGGUAUGAAAUAUGUGCUCAAUUGGGUAGACACGGAGCUUCAAUUGUUAUCAUGGGUAGACGCAAACCCGUUCUUCAAUCUGCUGUUGCUGCCCUUCAUUCUCUUGGAAUCCCUGCUAUAGGACUUGAAGGAGAUGUUCGCAAGAGGGAUGAUGCCGUUAAAAUUCUGGAAUCUACAAUUAGUCAUUUUGGCAGGCUCGACAUUCUUGUGAAUGCCGCAGCAGGCAAUUUUCUUGUGGCAGCCGAGGAAUUAUCCCCAAAGGGCUUUCAAACAGUGAUAGACAUAGACUCUGUUGGCACUUUUACUAUGUGUCAUGAGGCACUUAAGUAUCUUAAGAAAGGAGGACAAGGAAAGGAUCAAUUGAGUGGUGGUGGAACAAUAAUCAAUAUAAGCGCAACUUUGCAUUAUACAGCUACUUGGUAUCAAAUCCAUGUAUCUGCUGCAAAGGCAGCAGUGGAUAGCAUUACAAGAACCUUGGCAUUAGAGUGGGGAACAGAUUAUGAUAUUAGAGUAAAUGGGAUUGCACCGGGACCAAUUGGAGAUACUGCCGGUUUCAGUAAGCUUGCGCCUGAAGAGAUAUUGAGAGAGGCUACAGAGAAGAUGCCUCUAUAUAAACUCGGGGAAAAAUGGGAUAUAGCUAUGGCUGCUCUGUAUCUUGUGUCUAAUGCAGGAAAAUAUGUGAACGGAACAACAUUGGUGGUUGAUGGAGGAGAAUGGCUGAGCAAACCUCGGCAUCUGCCAAAAGAUGCAGUGAAGCAACUGUCACGUGUCGUAGAGAAAAGGACGAAAGACGCAUUAGUUGGGGUUCCUAAAAGCAAGCUGUGAUGGAUUAGCCAUCGAUAUACGUACAAAAACUAUAAGCAUACUUCCAGGUAAAAUACAACACUAUAGGAAAUUUAUGAAGCUUAAUGAACUUCUUAAGCAAAGCAUUUCUUAUUAAGAGCAUGAAAGUUUGGUCUCCAUCAUUAGCGGAUGAUGCCCGAUUUCGGCCCCCAAAUUUGAAAAUUUGAAGAAUUAGGUAUCGAAUUAUAAUAAUUAUAGCUUCAAACUAGUAUUGGUGUAACAUUUUCAUGCAGGAUUUAGGAAAUGGACCCGAUUCUAUCA